UCCCUUCCUCUUUCUCCCCACCUCUAUCUAUCCCUCUCUUUCCCUCUACAGACUUUGUCCAAUUGUUUGAGAAACAUGGCGGCUCUGAGCUUGGCGUGCUUUGCUUCUCUUACGUUGUUCUUGGCCGUCGCCGAAGCGAGAAUCCCAGGCGUUUACAGCGGUGGCGGAUGGGAAAGCGCCCACGCCACUUUCUACGGAGGCAGCGACGCCUCUGGCACAAUGGGCGGAGCCUGUGGGUACGGGAACCUGUACAGCCAGGGCUACGGCGUAAACACAGCGGCGCUCAGCACGGCUCUGUUCAACAAAGGGCUGAGCUGCGGCGCUUGCUUCGAGAUCAAAUGUGCCAACGACCCCCACUGGUGCCACUCCGGAAGCCCUUCGAUCUUCAUUACCGCAACCAACUUCUGCCCGCCGAACUACGCCCUCCCCAACGACAAUGGCGGCUGGUGCAACCCUCCCCGCCCUCAUUUCGACCUCGCCAUGCCCAUGUUCCUCAAAAUCGCCGAGUACCGUGCCGGAAUCGUCCCCGUCGCUUUCCGCCGAGUGCCAUGCCGGAAGCAAGGCGGGAUAAGGUUCACGAUCAACGGGUUCCGUUACUUCAACCUGGUGCUGAUCACCAACGUCGCCGGAGCAGGAGACGUCGUGAGGGCGAGCGUGAAGGCUUCGGGAACCGGGUGGAUCAGCAUGAGCCGCAACUGGGGGCAAAACUGGCAAUCCAACGCCGUCCUGGUAGGCCAGUCGCUCUCCUUCCGGGUCUCGGGCAGCGACCGCCGGACCUCUACCUCCUGGAACAUCGUGCCGGCGAACUGGCAAUUCGGCCAAACCUUCGUUGGCAAGAACUUCAGGGUCUAAUCCUCCUCUCUACUCAAAAGAGAGAAAAAAAGAAGA